AUGACCGAACGAGUUCCGAAUCCAGUCUCACACGACAAAUUGACAGAGCCAUCUGGAUUCAGCACAUGUAUUUUCAAGAUGGACGGAUCUGCACCUCUGUAUCAUGAAGUUUCUCCUUUUACGGUACGAUCAAAGACUUCAAUUCUUAAAUUUUUAAAAUAAUUUUGAAUAGAUCGUCUCUGAACUAGUUUGCUCGCUCUACAUCAACCAACGUACGGUAAUGCGUGUAGCUGUGCAUACUCUUUGUACGAACGUUAAGCUUCAGCUUUUCUUUCGUGUCAGUCGAACGAAUAAUCAAGCUUACCGGGAACAAUCGAUGAUAUAUCGCUGAGUAUGUUAGUCUUUUUGUUGAUAUUUAGCUGAACUUUUGAAUACCCUAGCACACUGUGUUUUUGUCUGAACGGGAGGAAGAGUAGGCGGGGGGGUGGGGAGCGGCAAUUCUCUGUAAGGUGGGUGGUUAUGUGCGCAGAUGCCCUUGAAAAACUGGAAGGGUGUUCCACAGGGUAUAUGCCUCUGGGACUACAUUAAGUAUAUUCAAACUCAAUCAGUGAAUAGCUAUCAAAAGCAUAGUUGAAAUAACAAAACAGCAAAGAGAAAAGCGACUUGAGGUUUCCUGAUAUUUCGGACAGACAAGCCAUCCUUCUUCAGGGGAUUUGAUUAAACCUCAAGUUGCUUUUCUCUUUGCUAUUUUUCAUUUAUGUGUAUAUUUUUGUCUUGGAUAAAACAGCAGGAUUUGGCUGUCGUCAUUUUAUAUAAAAAGUAUCAAAACCAUACCCAUCCACAGCACUGUAGAGGGGCCAUUUUCUACUAUGCAUCUCUCGGUUUUCUUUCACAGCCAAAUCAAACCACCCCUUAGCUACAUACAUGUAUAAUAUAUCACUGCCACCCCUUCUAGUAAAAAAACAAUACCAACAAAAGCAAAAUCUUUAUUGUGGUCUGGGUCAACUUAGAUAUACGAACUUGAAUAAAUUCAAGUGUAUUCUAGGCUGACCAUACUCAGAGAUCCUGAGGGAGCUAUUACCAGCCGGAUAGAUAUUUAAGAAAAUUUGUUGCAUACUUCUCAAGAGACCCCCCACUCCCACCCCACACUUACUGCUUCUGAGCUAAUCACAGAAGCAUUUGAAUUUUGAUUUCCUUGCCUUAAAUUGGUGAGAAAAAUAAUGGUCUCCCACUUAUUUUGCCCUCCAUCUCAAUUGCUUUGCUGCCCCUUGCAAAGCAAGGUGACCAGGGACCAAUUUAAUACAACUGUUACAAGUAUAAUGUUUACAAGUGUAGCUUUCAUUUAAGAAUCUGAAAACAACAGCAACACUUGUAAAUUACAAUUGUAAAUUAAAUUAUGGCCUUUUCCUACUGUUGUGAAUGACUAUAAGGAAUGAUCAUAAAGUUAUGUGGUGUUGUAACUUGCUAUGACUUUUCUUUACAGAAAUUAAUGCUAAGAAUUUUGGCUGCAAGUGCAGGACUGGUUGUAUUGGUAUGUACAGCUGUACAAUAUUGUGUUGGGCACUGUAAUUCCUUGAAAUGUAAUUUUAUAUACUAAUAUAAAAACUUAUAAUUGGCUGAAAGUUUUGCAGUGUUAUAAGUUGGCAGAAUUUUAUGUUAGUUGGAAAUGUAACCCAGGAAUUAUUAUUAAUUGAUGCAAAUGAUUCUCAAUUAUCCUCUCUUUGCUUUUUACAGAUCACAGUAAUAAUCAGCUUUGUCAAGGCUGCCGACGACUCCAUGAUGUAUCUUAUAGCUGUCAACAUGUUAAGUAAGUACAAAAUAUAGGUGUGCAAUACAUAGAGAAUAUUACACGGUGGUGUGAAGAUAUGAAUUUUUUUUUCGAGUGGCAAAACAAUAUUUUACGAAUGAGCACAGUGAAGGAGUAAAAUAUUGUUUUUGCCACAAGAAAUUGAUAAAAUAAUAAUAAAAUAAUUGAAAUUGAUAAAAUAAUAGAGGGAAAUUACCGAAAUUACGUCAUCGAUAAACUCACGUGUGAGAUUAUGAAAAAAAAAAACCUCUCGGGUCCCGGAUGUAGUUUUUAUGAAUUUUACAAGUGGUAUAUUUUCCAGUAAAACACUCGUGUCUAUAUAAUGAAGUAUAACAUUGUUUUUUUCACCUCUGAAACAAAAGUUAUUUUGUGAUAUCUCAAGGGUGAUAACAUCAAGACAGUGCUUAUUGCAAUGCAGACGCAGUUUGAUGGAGCACUUUAAAAAUUAACAAAAAUGUUGGUUUCCUUUUGAUUUCAGUAAGCAGUGUGAUCGGAGGUGUAAUUGUAAGUACGAUCAUAAUGUGACGUAAAGUACAUAACAUCUGCAUAAGAAAGUUUUCAUGGACCUUAAAAAGCCAUGAAUCAGAUGGCAGGCCAGGUUGUUUAAACAGUAGUUGCCCAGGUCAGGUCCCUGUGCAUUGUACACAGGGUACCGGGCCUCUUGUAGGUGUAAUCAAAGGGUGACAAGUCAUAUAAGGGAAUAAUUUAAAGGCACAUUUUGUCCAAAUUCCUUUAAUUUUCUCCAGCCUUUUGGGUGAGGGAAAUUAUUGGGAUUUGGCUAAAAGUUCAGAAUUUUUUCAGAAUCUUACAACAAAAUACCUGGUAGAAUCCUUCUUGAUGUGCCCUUUUGUGUGUUUAGGUUUUCUAACCUGUCUUUUAAUGCCCUGACCUCUUCAUUCAUAACAUUUUGUAACUUUGCCUCCAUCUUAUAACAUUCAGUUUUUUUCAGUACCAAAAGUAAUGUUUACUGUUUUUCAUGUUUUCAGGCAUGGUGGUAUCACAAAGGAAUCAUAGUAAGUAGAUUAUUUUAUCAACUUGUUAUGUCACAGUUAAUUUUUUUUCCUUCGGUAAAUUUUUGUUUUUCCCUUGUCUCAGAUUCAUAAGCAUUCAAUACCAUACCUAAAAACUAAAAAAAUCAUUAAAAAAAAACAUUUUGCCCUGACAAUGAUUAUUACAUCAACAACAAACCCUUCCGUGCAUGUUGUCACAAGAUUAUAUACUUAUUUUUAUGUAAAUAUAUUAUGUAUUCUAUUUAUUUAUUUAUAUAUCUAUUUUUUUUAUAUCGUUAACUGUACAGGAAGCCAAGAAAGUUGCAUUCAUGGCAUUUGUAGGAGUCUGUAUAAUUUUCCAAGCCAUUAUAUCUGAUGUUUAUGUUUAUAACAAGAAGGCUGUCAUAUCGUCACCAACAGUAUCACCAACAUCGUCACCGGCUCCCACAACACAUCCAAACAGUAGCUUCAGCAUAUAA